CUUCCGGUUGGCUUGUGGCGCUGCGGUUCUCACUUGGAAGGAACGCGACAGAAUCAGAACCGGGGAUGGACGUGGCGGCCCCGGACAGUGACUGGCGCAGUGCGAACUUCAGGCAGAAGCUGGUCAGCCAGAUUGAUGAAGCAAUGCGUAAAGCUGGAGUGGCUCACAACAAGUCUAGCAAGGAGAUGGAGAGUCAUGUCUUUCUGAAAGCGAAAACACGGGAGGAGUAUCUGUCUUUGGUGGCCAGGCUGAUUAUUCAUUUCAGAGAUAUUCAUAACAAGAAAGCUCAGUCAGCUGGCAGUGAUCCAAUGAAUGCCCUACAGACGCUUACAGGCACAGCACCUGUAGGUGUACAGGGAAUGCCCAUGGGUGUCCGUCCCCCUGGUGCACAAAUGGGAGGAAUUAGUGGAAUACAACAAAUGGCCCAACAGAUGAGUCUUCCUGGUCAGCCACAGCCUGGGGCAUCUGGAAUGGCACCACAUGGUAUAUCUGGAGUUUCAACAGGAAACCAGCCUACUCAGCUCCAGCUCCAGCAAAUGGCGCAGCAGCAACAACAACAGUUCCAGCAGCAGCAAGUAGCUGCCCUCCAACAGCAGCAGCAACAACAUCAGCAGCAGCAACAACAGCAACAAUUUCAAGUCACCCAGCAGAAUGUUAUGCAACCCCAACAGCAGCAGCAGUUUCAAAUGGCAGUGGCUGCAGCACAGCAGCAACAGCAAGCGCAACAGCAGCAGCAACAGCAGCAACAGCAGCUCCAGGUAGCAGCCCAGCAACAGCAUAUGUUAAAGCUACAAAUUCAGCAGCAGCAAAACCAGCAGCAGCAGUUACAGCAACAGCAAAUGGCAGCGCAUAUUCACCGAAUACAACAACAACAACAGCAGCAGCAACAACAGCAACAGCAGCAGCAGCAGCAACAGCAGCAGGUUAUGCAACAGCCUAUACAGCAACAGCAAAUGCAGCAGCAGCCACAACAGGUAAUGCAGCUCCAGUUGCAGCAACAGCAAGUGGCACAAAGUCAGCAGCAACUGCUUUCUACGCAGCCACAGACCCAGUCCCUGAUACAACCAGGUCAGCCACUGCCGGGACAAAUACCUUCUCAGGUUAUGUCUGUAACACUCACCCCGCAGCAACAGCAGCAACAUCAGCUGAAGAUAAUACAGCAGAUUCGGGCAGUGCAAGCUCAGCAGCAAGCUCAGCAGCAAGUGCAGGCGCAGCAGCAGGCACAGCAGCAGGCACAACAACAGGCUCAACAGCAGGCCCAACAGGUACAGCAAGCAGCUCAACAGGCUGCCCAGCAGGUGCAGCAACAGGCAGCUCAGCAGCAGGCAGCACAGGCUCACAUGGCAGCUGCAGGGAACCAGAUGAUCACCGCAGCUAUGACUCGAGGUGGGAUGGCAAUAAGGUCGCGGUUCCCGCCCACCACUUCAUCUGACACGUCUCCAAGCUCCACCCCAAUGGGAGGAUCCCAGAUCCCACAGGUAAAUCAAAGCAGUAUCUCUUUAAUGUCCUCACCAUCACCUGUACAGCAGGUACAGACUCCACAGUCAAUGCCACCUCCUCCACAGCCGUCCCCACAGCCCUCACAGCCAAUGUCUCAACCCAACUCUAAUGUCAGUUCAGGUACUGCACCCUCACCAAGCUUCAUGCCUAGUCCAUCCCCACAGCCCUCUCAAAGCCCUGCUUCUGCUAGAACCCCUCAGAAUUUCAGUGUGCCCUCUCCAGGACCUCUAAAUACUCCAGGAAACCCAAACUCUGUUAUGAGCCCUGUGAGCAACAACCAGUCAGAUGAGCAGCAGUACUUAGAAAAACUGAAACAACUCUCCAAGUAUAUAGAGCCUUUACGACGCAUGAUCAACAAAAUUGAUAAGAAUGAAGAUCGCAAGAAAGAUUUAAGUAAAAUGAAGAGUCUUUUGGAUAUUCUGACUGAUCCAUCGAAGAGAUGCCCCUUACAGACCCUGCAAAAAUGUGAAAUUGCUCUGGAGAAGCUGAAGAAUGACAUGAUUGUGACAACUCCCCCUCCUCCGACUGUCCCAUCCACAAAACAGCAAUAUCUUUGUCAACCAUUGUUGGAUGCAGUUCUGGCAAAUAUUAGAUCACCUGUAUUUAACCAUUCUUUGUACCGAACAUUUGUACCAGCUAUGACUGCUAUUCAUGGCCAGCCGAUCACAGCUCAGUCAGUCAUUCCCCGCAAGAGAAAAUUUGAAGAUGAUGAGAGACAAACUAUUCCCAAUGUUCUCCAGGGAGAGGUCGCAAAAUUACAUGCUAAAUUUUUGGUCAACCUAGAUCCUUCUCACUGCAGUAAUAAUGGCACUGUCCACCUUAUUUGUAAAUUAGAUGAUAAAAACCUCCCAAGUGUGCCUCCUCUGCAACUCAGUGUUCCAGCAGAUUACCCUGAGCAGAGUCCGCUGUGGAUGGACAAUCCACGGCAAUAUGAAGCAAACACAUUCCUGCAGUCUGUAUAUCGCUGUAUGACAUCCAAACUUCUACAGCUUCCUGACAAGCACUCUCUCACGGCCUUAUUGACAACCUGGGCACAGAGCAUUCGACAAGCAUCCCUUGCAGUGGCAUAGUUACAGCAAUAAAAGGAAGCCCUGGACUGUCUUACUCCUGCAUAUGUUACCUUAUUGUCAUCUGCCAUUUAACGGUUAUAUAAGGAGAGUAUUGCCUUUGUAUGUUGCACCUCUGCCUACAUUAAUAUAUAAUGGACACUGCUGUAGUGAGUAUGUAGUGUAAAACUAGUGGCAGAGCAUGUGAACUAAUAUGUAUAACAAUGAAUGCUUGAUGUCCUCAGGCCUAUUUUGUACAUAUGUUUUUGCAUUUUGUUUAAUAAAUCAGAUGCCCUCCUAUGGGAGUCAAAGUUCUAUAUUAAAUAUGUUAGAUAGGAUUUAAAAUAAACAAACUUUAUUAAAUGGU